UCGGCCGCCACCAACCAGCAACAGCAACCCCCUCGGUCGACCCGACCCCACGACAGGCACGACCCACGCCAGCCUCGCCGCCGGCCGCCCGGCCGGCGGCGCGCCAUGUACGUCUCGGGAGGGCGGCACCACCAUGGGCGACGACGACGUCCCCUGCGCCUGCUGCUCCACGCUGCGCGCGCUCCUCCACUGCGCCCAGCACGGCGCGCGCCUCUGCCUGCCCUGCGACGUCCGCGUGCACGUCGCCGCGCCGGCCCACCGGCGCGCCCCGCUCUGCGACGCCUGCCACGCCGCGCCCGCCGCCGCGCGCUGCGCCGACCACCAGGCCUUGCUCUGCGCGCCGUGCGCGCGCGCCGCCGGCUGCGACGCCGACCGCCACGCCAGGCGCGCCGCGCGCGCCUACACCGGGAUCCCGGACCCCGCGGAGCUCGCGCGCAUCCUCUACUGUGACGGUGACUGUGACACCGCCGCGCCGCCGCCGCCGGAGUGGGUCCCCGACCUAGUCAACGUCGAACUGCUGCCGGACUACUUGCCGGCGAGCAGCAGAUCUUGGCGAGAUGGUAAUAUCACCAGCAGGCCGGACACUAGUGAGACUGCUCAUACAUUUGUUCGGUACUGUCAGCCACAGGCGUCGCCAUCAUCGUUGGGUUAUGAUCACCCGUUAAUCGCAUCCUGUUCGGAACCCAUUAUUGCGUCGACUGAUGCUGUUCUGGAAUCUAUGGCCAGUAACAAUGCAGCUUAUCAUCAUCAGCCGCAGCAGCAGUUCAGUUCAGUGCCCACUGCAAACAACAGCACCAAUGUGGCCGCCGGCAGCACGUUCUACGGCAGCGGCAUGCCGGCGAUGCUGCCACGGGACGAGUCGUUCCCGAGUAGUCAGUUCGGCUUCGAGGUGAAGCCGCCGCCGGUCCCAGCGGUGGUAAGCAGCCCGACGACGGAGGCGGCGGCCCUGCUGGCGCCGGAGCAACCACCAUCAGGCCAGGACAUGGAAGCAAGAACCAAGCAACUGGAGAAGAGGCAGGAGGCUAAGCAGAGGUACAAGGACAAGAAGAAGAACAGGAAGUUUGGCAAGCAGAUCAUGUACGUCUCCCGGAAGGUGCGAGCAGACACACGAAACCGAGUGAAGGGCAGAUUUGCAAAGGCGUGCAGCGGCAGUGGCCAUGGCGACGAUCAGUCUACACAGCAUGGCGAUGAUGAUGAGCAGCCUGCAGAUUCUUGCCUUUUUUUACCCCAGCAGUGAUUAGGUAGAAUAAGUUUAGAUGAGUGUUGUUUUUCCCCGCGGCAUUUUUUUAGAGUUUUUUUCCUACCCCUUGGCACUUUCUAUUUGGUUUUGUGGCAUCGUUAGUUCGUUACAGCAAUUAAGUACA